CGCCGGAACACUUUCAUUUUUCGGAUUAUUAUUAGCCUUCAUUGGAACAUUCGCAUCAUCCGUUGCGAUUUCAACUAUGCGUGCCCGCAUAGAGUUCAUCAUCAUAUUUCCAUAGGAACAUUUGGAGAGGUGAAAAUACCAAAAUGACCUCCUAUCAAAUGUCCAAGAGCGUCCGCACCUCGUCUUCGUCCCUGCUGAAAGACGACAGCUGGAUCAGAAAAGACGAGGAUGAGUACGAAGCUGUUGACCGAGAUCCUAACUUCGCCUCAUCUGUUCUCAACCACUACAAAUCCACUGAGAGUCUAACCAGCCCGGUGUCAGAAAAUAAACAAAUUACCAGAUCAACAUCUGUGCAGGCCCUCACCACGAGAUUCGGCGGGAGUCAGGACGAGCUGCCCGACAGCUCCUACACUAAGUCCAGAGUCUCCCACACGCUGAGCUCCCCCACCUAUCGGAGAAGCGAUGAACCGGAAAUGAGCAGCACAACAACUACAUUGAGCAGGGAUGGCAAAAUCACGGAAACCACAACGAUCACCAGCAGCCAAAGUCUCAGAAGCCCCAACAAGACGUUCAGCGAGAGGGUGCAGUCCUUCUCCAAAACUGCUGAGGACCAACUGUACGAUUCGCUCCUCCCCAACGCCAUCAAAGAUGACGACAGGACAAGUCUUUCCACCAGCAGCGAGACGAUGACCGUGAGAAGAAGCAUCAACGGGGCUGAAGACGAGCUGUACGACACCCUCGUGCCGAGGAGCAUCACCUCCGCCCAGUCUUCAUCUUUCAGCUCCUCCAGCGUGAGCAAGCGAGAGAUCGUGACGGUGGAGAGCAGCGUCAGUCCGCUGUCUUCGUCGUCCUCCCUGCGCUCCACCAGCCGCAGCUACACGGAUGAAAUCCCCAGCGCUCGCGUCACCUCCUACACCAUCAGCAGCGGCCUGCCCAACGACAACUACAGCAGCAAAAGCGGCAGUUACUACUACUCUUCGUCGUCCUCGUCCAAGCCCAGCUACGAGUACAGCAGCCCCACCGAGUACAGCUCCACGACGUACAGGACCAGCCGGUCUGACGACAUCCUCUCCGGCCCCGUCACGUCUGUCAAGAGCGUCUACAACACCUCCGACAGGAGCGUCCUGGAGCGGGAGCUGUGCACCUACUGCCACAAGCCCUUCAACGGCGACCCCAAGAUGAUCCUGGACGACAUGAAGAUCAGCUGCCACUCCUUCUGCUUCAAGUGCGAGGUGUGCAACGGCUCGCUGGGCCACCUGAAAGCGGGCGACUGCAUGUGGGUGUACAACUCCAUGGUGCACUGCGAGAACUGCUUUGACGUGACCCGAGAGAAAUGGCGUCGCUGAGUUUGUGCCACAACUUCGCACGGAGAAAAACAAAAAGUGAUUCGAUGAGGGGAAAAAAAAAAAAAAAAAAAAAAUUCCGUAUAUUUGUAUUAAUUCUGGUGUUUCUGGGCUGAUCACUUAGGAUGGACGCACCUCCGUAGCACCCAUUUUGGCAGUUAUAAUAGAUAUACUGUAGAAUCAUAUAUAUUUAUAUUCUCUAAAAUUCUAUGAAGGCUUUUAAGGGACUGUUUGUUUGUAACGUGAUACCAAUACUGUGAUGUGGAUGGCCGGGGUUGUUUGUCCUGUGUGCAAUAAAUGCAAUCACUGUAUUGAUAUCAAGUUAUUGUUUUAUUGUCAUUUGUAUAGAAAAUAUUGUGCAGAAUUGUGUAGUUACACA